AUCCUGGUCGCUGGCUCUGGUGAAUUCUGACCAUUUCCCCGCCUCUCAGGCUGUGUGAAGAUGUGGAUAUUUGUGAAAUAAAUGACUGUUUUGACAAAGCAAUGGCCUCUCAAGAAUUUACUGUAUUAUACACUCACCAAAAGACAAAAAAAGCGAAAACGUGGCAAGAUGGAGUUCUGAGGAUUAGAACUGGCAGGAAUCAGGCCACCUUGUUUGAUGACAAAGGACAAUGCCUGGAGAGCAUUUUUAUGAAAUCUCAGGUGGCUGCUGGAGAUAAUUUAGAAAGCGAACGAUAUUUGAUCGCGGUCGAAGCAGCCAAAGCGAGUGAAAAACCUUUGGAAGAUCAGCCAAGGAGAGCGGAAGAAACUCCAGCAGUGGAUAGAAAUGGUGUCAGACCCGGUCUUCUGCCUCCAAGACACCUCCCUGUUGGCCUGAAGAGGAAGUUUACGGGGUUCCAAGGGCCACGCCAAGUUGCAAAGAAAAUACCAGCCGUGGAAGAGGAAGAAAAACCAACACUGUUGCCUUUAUCUAAGCAGUGCCAGGGGACUUUUCCGUCCCAGUUUUAUGUCACCUCUCCGUUAUUUUCCACGAUUCGCAAGGAGGAUGCGGACACGAAUCUCUCCGCAGGCUUCCAGGAAGAUGGAUGUAGGGAUAACGACAGAGACCACGGGUCUGUCUCCUCGCUGCUUUCAGCUCCAUUUCUUGACAGAUGUGAGGGGACAGAGAAGCAAAGCUCUGCUCAGUUCCUGGUGAAGCCAGAAUCUCCUCUCCUUACUGGGCAAACUGGCCCCGGGGCAGUGUCCCACAACAUCAGGAGCACGGCACAGAUCAUUGCUCUUCUGAAGUCCAAACCGGCACAAGGACAGGGAGAACAAACAGCUGCACUUACAGAAAGUCUCUCCAGGUUUCAGGCAUCAAAAAAUGCAGAUUUACGUGACCAAAAAAGCACGGCCCUGCCUGCUUUUCCGGGUGAUCCUGCCAAAGGAAUCGUUCCAAACACUCAGCACCUGCCUUUUGGGAAGGGAACUGGAAAUGAUAAGAAGGACUGGAAUGCUGAAAUGCCUCUGAAUUCAUCUGAACAGCCUUAUGGUGAAGAAGCCACGGGACAGAGACACGACAAAAAGCCCAGCUCUGUGGACAGUUUAUUACAGAAGACAGAGCCAUAUAUUCAACCAGUAGCAGCAGCCCAAAGAGACCCUGGGACAUGUGACUGGCAACCAAAGCCUGUUGCAUUCCAAGGGCACCAAGUAAAGGGAUCAGCAGCUAGUGAGAUCAUGGUGAGAGUUCCCUGCUCCCAGCUGGGAUGGCAGCAGUACCCACAUAGCGUGGACUUUGCAGCUGAGACAUUUUUGUCACCCCUGUUUUCAAGCAAUUCUGACUUCAGACAGUCUCCAGGUUCCAGAAGUCUUCAUGGGGAUGAUAUGGAUGUUAUCAGAGAAGGGAAUUUUCAAAUGGAGUCUGAUGUGACUGAAGAGGCAAGAAUAAAUCAGUCUCCACUGGCAUUCCAUGUGUAUCCUGAAGUGCCAGCAUGGACAGUGUCAGGCUCACCUUCACAUUCUGCUCUGAGACAAGCACAGUGGACUUCCUGGGAACCUGGCAAGAUUUCAUCAGAGGUGACUUCCUCAUUUGAUCCGGAUUCUACAAUUUCUCCACCUUCAGGAAAUGAGGAAACUACUGGAGACAUCCAGGAGCCCCUGAUACAAGGGAUCUUACCAAGUGAACCAGACCUCCCAGAUUUUGUUUUCACAGGGGAGAAAUCCAGCUAUCCAGAGGAAUGCAGCCUCCCGAGAUCCAAAGGCACCGUUAAAACCCGGACUCCGUUUGUCACCCUUCCUGCCACCCAGGAGAUUCCUGCCGUGGUUUAUCCCACUGACAGCGAGGAGCUCCAGCAAUCCUUGGGCUCUCCAGGAGGCAAUUCAUGCAGCGAGCCAAUGGAAUUUCCUAGGAGCGCUCCCGGCUCCCAGGACAGGAAUUAUGAGACCUCUGUGUUUGGGGAGUACGCGGAAGACGGACAAAGGGAAUCUGUCCAACCCCUGCUCCCUGACGUGACUUCCCGACACAGACAAAGCAAGUGGCUGAAGUAUCAAAACAGUGCUCAGAGUGACUUGAUCCCUGACAGGGAAGAGACUGAGGACAUCUGUGCCCAGAGCAUCCUUGGAAUGCUGCGGGGUGACACGGGGGAGAGCAGAGCUGGGAAUCAAAGCGCUCCCGGUGCUGCCCCUCUGCUGACAUCCAAGAGCUCCCCUGGGGAAUGCUGUGCCAGCAGCAACCCCCCCCCGGAUUGGAUUUCCGAAGGGAAGUUACUUUCCCUGCACUUAAGUGGGACACCUUUGGCUGCGGCAACACAAAAGGUGUUGAGUCACCUGAGCUGCCACGCCGGAACAGGAGAGGGCCAGGACGUAACAAUUUCUGAGUUGUCUUUUCCUAACGUGGACAAAGUGAAACAUGCUCACCUCCCUAAAAGAAAGAUCUCCAUCCCAGCUGUGUUUCGGUCUCAUCUCCACUACAAGCAGAUUUUUAAAGCUGCUCUGACAGAGCAACUGAACAUAAUGCUGUUUGAGCUGUCCCAAAGAUUGCACAACGCUCUCUCCAAAGUGGACAUAUCAUUUUACACAUCAGUGAAAGAUGGGCAAAGCCAGGGAAGCUGUGCUCCACUCUGCAACCACAUGCACCCUGCUAAGCUGGUUAUGGUUAAAAAAGAAGGUCAUAACAAGGGUCGUUUGUUCUAUGCCUGUGACGCCCCGAAAGCUGAGCAGUGCUCGUUUUUCAAGUGGAUAGAAGACGUGAACCCCACACAGGCAAAAUCCAGACCCAGUGCGGUGCUCCACGACAUCAAAAGCAUUGGGACAUACCUCAGAAGCCAAAAGAUUGCCCUCUAUGAGGAAUGCCAGCUUUUGGUGAGGAAAGCCUUUGAAAUUCAAACCCAGAGGUACAGUAAGUUCAAGAAAUUUAUGAAUACACCUGCCAGCUUAGAUGGUGAUUCCAAACCCAAAUUAUACCUCAAAUUAAGCAAAAAGGAGCAUUCUUCUCUCUACAGCAAAGAUGAUAUUUGGGUGGUUUCAAAGACUCUGAACUUUGAUCCCAUUGAUACUUUCAUUGCAAGCAGUGCUUUCUUUGGACCGUCCUCCAACAGUGAAAUAGAACUGCUCCCAUUGAAAGGCUACAGUCCCUCAAACUGGAGAUCAAACAUGUGUGUUCACGCCCUCCUGGUUUGUAAUGCCAGUGGGGAGCUGGCAUCCUUAAGGAAUAUGGAGGAGCACUUCAAUCCCUCCACAUUACCACUAAUCCCACACCUACUAAACAUGAAUCGUCAGUCUGAAAAUGCUCCUAGAAGAGUCAACAAAAGAAAAUUUAUUCCUCCUGCCAUGAGCCUGAAAAGCUCCAUGAGGGCUGGCCCUGUCAGCUCUGAGGUAGCCAUGGGACUGGCUAAAGAGAUGAUCCAAAGGUUCUCCCUGAACCCGGACCAGGCGACGUCGCUGAUCCACAUCGCUCGGAUGAUGACCUCGUGUGGGAAUAUCAGCCCAGAGGAGGAACAUCAGAGCUUCCCCAUCACAAUCAUACGUGGUGUUUUUGGAGCUGGCAAGAGCUACCUGCUGUCUGUGGUGAUCUUGUUCCUCGUACAGCUCUUCGAAAGCAGCGAAGCCACGGAGGGUCCAAGGCCAACUCCGUGGAAACUUCUCAUUGCUUCUUCCACCAACGUUGCCGUGGACAGGAUACUGCUGGGCCUGCUCGAUCUUGGAUUUGAGGAUUUUAUCAGAGUGGGAAGUAUUAGGAAGAUCACCAAAGCAAUUCUUCCCCACAGUUUACAUGCAGGCUCAGGAAAUGAAAAUGAGCAGCUGAAAGAGCUGCUUGCUCUCAUGAAAGAAGAUUUGACUCCAGCUGAAAAAAUAUAUGUCAGGAAGAGCAUUGAGCAGCACAAACUGGGGACCAAUAAAACCAUCCUGCAACAGGUAAAAGUGGUUGGAGUGACCUGUGCUGCCUGCCCCUUCCCCUGCCUGAACGCUCUCAGGUUUCCCGUGGUGAUGCUGGAUGAGUGCAGUCAGAUGACCGAACCUGCUUCUCUCCUUCCCAUCGCCAGGUUUCAGUGUGAAAAGCUCGUCCUUGUUGGAGACCCCAAGCAAUUACCACCAACUAUUCAAGGGUCUGAGAGUGUCCAUGAGCAGGGAUUGGAGCAGACCCUCUUUGACCGGCUCUGCUUAAUGGGACAUCAAGCAAUACUCCUCCGGACACAGUACCGCUGUCACCCUGCCCUCAGUGCCAUCGCCAACGAGCUGUUCUACGGAGGGAACCUCAGGGAUGGCAUUUCCGAGGAGGACAGAACUCCUUUACUGGACUGGCUUCCAACGCUGUGCUUUUACAGUGUGAAUGGCACGGAGCAGAUGGAAAGAGACAACAGCUUUUCCAACACGGCAGAGGCUCACUUUGCAGUCAAGCUCAUCCAGUCUCUGAUUGCCAGUGGAAUAGAAGGAGCUGCUAUUGGUGUGAUUACUCUUUAUAAAUCACAGAUGUAUAAGAUUCAGAGUUUGCUCAGUGGGGUUCACUCCGAAGCUUUUGAAGUGAAACCUGUCCAGGUGUCCACUGUAGAUGCUUUCCAAGGUGCUGAGAAGGAAGUCAUUGUCUUGUCCUGUGUCAGGACCAGACAGUUUGGGUUCAUAGACUCGGAGAAGAGGAUGAACGUCGCACUAACGAGGGCAAAGAGGCACUUGCUGAUUGUGGGAAACCUGGCCUGUUUAAGCAGGAACAAGCUGUGGGGAAGAGUAAUUCACCACUGCAAAGGGCGGGAAGAUGGAUUACAAAAUGCAAGCCAGUGCGAGCAGCAGCUAAACGACAUUCUGAAGUGCUACUUGGAGGAACGGAAGGAAGAGGAGCAGAGUAAGAAGAAGGAAAAAUAAAAUGUGUGCCUGUUUUAUUAAUAUUGUUUGUCUAUAAAAUUGCUAAUUUAAUAUUUAUUUAAUGUGGCACGUUUGUUUGUAUCUCACGUACUGAUGCUUCUGUUUGACCCUGUGUUUACAUGACUAAAACUGAAUAAAGUGACUUUAUCUGCU